AAGCCUCCGUCUCUUCUCUUUAAGUUUAUUUUCAAUUUUCAGAGUUCAGCAGCCUCUCUUCUCUCUCUCUUUAGGUCGGUCGGCAUGAAAGAGAUAAGAAACAGUUGAUUUUCAUCUUUUUCUUUUUAGGUUAAAGAAAUCUUUUUCUACUUAAACCCUAAAGAAACUCUAAACAUGGCGACCGCAGCAGAAUCAAUGGCGGUAAAGUCUCUCAAUACUGGCCCUAGCCGUAAACGUUUCAUUUUCAAGAAUUUAGCACAGAGAAUGGAAGAAAUAGACAUUGAUGUUUAUAGAAGUUAUGAUAGAAGGAAAUCAGAACCAUCCGAAGGUUCUACUUAUGUUAAAGAUUGUCUCGUUGAAUGGCGGGAACUGAAUACAGCAGAGGAUUUUAUUUCGUUUUAUGAGGAGAUGAUGCCAUGGGUACAAACGUUACCACAAGUUUUGCAAAUGAAAGACGGUAUUUUGACUAAGCUUUUGAAUAGAUUACAACUUCAAGCUAGAUUGUCUCUUCAACCAAUAUUAAGGUUGAUUGCAGCUCUUUCCCGUGACCUCCAAAAAGAUUUCUUACCCAUUCUCCCAAGGGUUGCUGAUUCAUUAUUCCUUCUCCUUGAAAGUGGAGCUGACAGAGAACCUGAAGUGGUUCAGGAGAUUUUUAUAUCAUGGUCAAAUAUCAUGGUGAACUUACAGAAGUAUCUCAUACAAGACAUUAAUGAUCUUUUGAAGAUCACAAGACGUUUAAGAUACUACCCGAAGGACUAUGUCCAAGAGCAUAUGGCGGAGUCCGUCUCUUAUUUGCUGAGAAAUUCAGCUGUUGCGCAAGCUAAAAAAGGUAUUCGGAAGAUCACGACGGAAGUUGUAAAGAAACCAUCAGAUGUGAUAAAAUCUGGUGUCAGUGCUUUGUUGUGGCAUGUUAUGAGAGGAACUUCUUCAAGUUUUCAUUCAAGAACUGAGAAUGAAAUUCUGCCAUUUUUGCUUGACGAUUCCAUCAUUGGCAUUGGUGAUGAGCAAGGCUCAGAUACUGUUGUUGAAGUUGUGACUGCUGCUCUUGGAAGAGCGUGUGAGGAACUGCAACCCCAGGAGUUGAAAAAGAUGUGGAAUUGCUUAAUCAGAAAAAUAUCUGAUUGCGAUUGUAAUGACAGCUUGCCGCUCCUUAGCCACCUAUUGCAUAUUCUUACGUCUACUGUUCGUUUCAGUUCCGGGGGUACAAUUUCUGAUUACCAACCGAUUCUUGACCUUGUGGAGUUGCUUAUAGAGAAAGUCAUCACGCCUUUGCAUGGUAGUGAUAGUGCAGAAAAUUGCUCUUUUGAAGUUUUUGAUGGAGUCCUGCAGUUAAUGCUGAGUCUUCUUGAUGGAGUUAUUGCUAGUGAUGAGUCGGUGAUAAGAGGAAUUGCAGGGAAAUGGGCUUCUGUAUUUCAGCUGCGAAACAAGAGUAUGGUGAAGUUCAUUGAAGAGCUACUACAAAAGAGGGAUGAUAUACGAAAUGUCUUUGGAGAUUAUAUACUAAGUGCGUUGAAUGAAAUGGUUGUCUUGCCAUCGUCAGUGGAGCAGAAGGAAAUCUCGCGAUCAUUACUGGGGCCAGAGGAAGUUAUCUAUUUGCUACUGACAUACUUCGAGAAAGUGGGAGUUGUCAAAAAAACAGAAGAGGUUUCAAGGCUGUGCAAUUUCUUGCGGCAAUAUAUUUGCGAUUGGAUUUGUAUGGUAAAUGAUAUAUCACAUGGGGAUUCGUCAAGAAUGCGCUUGGAGGAGUCUAAGUUGGCUCUUAUCUGGGGAGCAGUGACCUGCUACCAUCCUGUUUUUGGUUUAACAGGAAACCCAUCUUUAGUCAUGGGUUUGAUAGAUGCACUUGAUCGACUUCUUGCAAUUAAUGCUGACCAUAUUGCAGGUAUAUCUAAAAGCAAUUGGCAAAGUUUGGUGGGUGCUGCUCUAGUUUCUUAUGUUAGACUGCGACCAUGUGCAAAGGCAGAACUUGCAGAAACAAGAAAAAUUGUAUCUAUAGCAGAAAAAUUUAAGUCAUCGCCCCAAGUUUUGUUUGCUGUAGCUGAAUUUCUUGAGCACACUAAUGGGUUUCCGAGUAUAGUAGAUUCGAGCGAGGAUACAUGCCAUCAUUCAGAGUUUAAGAGAGAGCAUGCAGUCAAUGUGUUUGCUGAUAAUUUGUGUCAACCUGAUAAGUUGAUACGAAUAUCAACGCUGAGGAUCUUAUCUCAUUAUGAACAGUUAGGCAAGCAAUUUUCUACAAGUGAUCAGCCUGCUGAGAAGAAGUGGAAGACUGAAUUUUCUCAGUCAGGCACUGAAGAAAGUGAUUGCGACGAUGUUACUCAGCUCCUCCUUGCCAUUGAGAAGGAUCCUAUAUCAGUUUCUACCAGCAGGCAUGUCAUUAUGCUAAUCUCCAAAAUACAGAUGGCCAUUUCUGCUGGAAGGGUACCUGAAGCUUAUGUAACUUUACUUUUGAAUGGGAUUAUUGGUGUAUUUCAUAAGCGGUUUGGGCUUCUCUGGGAUCCAGCAGUACAGUGCCUUACAGUUUUGAUGGAGAAACAUUUGCUGCUUGUAUGGGAAAGAUUUGUUUGUUAUCUUGAACAAUGCCAAGAAAAAUUUAUCACCUCUGACAAUCACCUUGAAAGUGUAAAUGUUGAAUCCUCAAGCACGUCAAGUGAUCUGGUUCAGUGCUUCCAUUCAUUUGUUGCUCCCAAUUCUGAUGUCACCCCAUGCGCAACCAUUUUGUCUUUGCUGCUGCGCUCAUUACAGAAAGUUCAAGCCAUUGCAGAGUCUCGGUCUUGCCAACUCAUACCUCUUUUCUUGAAGUUUUUGGGCUAUGAUGAUGGUGAUGUUGUGAGUGUGGGGUCGUUUAAGUCUCAUGCUUGUAAAGGAAAAGCAUGGAGGGGUGUUCUCAAGGAAUGGUUAAACUUGAUGAAAUUGAUGAGAAACUCUAAGUCUUUAUAUCGAAGCCAACAACUGAAAGAGGUUCUGAUAAACAGGCUUCUUGAUGAAAAUGAUGCUGAAAUACAAAUGAGUGUGCUUGAGUGCCUGGCAAAUUGGAAAUGUGAUUCCUUGCUCCCAUAUGUUGAACAUCUGAAAAAUUUGAUUACUUCAAAAAACUUGCGUGAAGAACUUGCGACAUGGUCAUUAUCUAAGGAAUCUCAUCAUAUACAAGACCAACAUAGAGAAUAUUUGAUUCCAAUUGCUGUAAGACUGCUGAUACCCAAAGUUAGAAAACUGAAAACAUUAGGCUCUCGUAAGCAUGCAAGUGUACAUCAUCGAAGGGCAGUGCUUGGCUUUUUAGGUCAACUUGAUGUUGGCGAGCUUCCUCUUUUUUUUGCUUUGCUAAUAAAGCCAUUAUUACCCAUGUCAAGUGAUUGGUUUUGGAGAUCCUGUGGAAGUUCUAUUGAAGAAUUCCAGGCAUCGAAUGUUGUGAAGGGUCUCACGAUUGACGAGGUUGAAGAAAUUUCUUGGAAGAAGAGAUAUGGGUUCCUACACGUGAUUGAAGAUAUAUUCAAAUCUUUUGAUGAAUUUCACCUGAAACCAUUUCUUAAUCUGUUGAUGAGUUUUGUUGCCCGGAUAAUGGAAGCUUGCACAUAUAGGCUUGAUGGCGCUAAAAACAGUGAAGCUUCACAAAUCGAAAACUUGGCUAGCGAUGAUGUCUCAGUACCUGAGGCAAGUGGAGAAGACUCGUUGACGACAAACACAGGUACAAAGCAGUACAAGGACUUGAGAUCCCUAUGCUUGAAAAUAAUUUCGUCUGUUCUUAGUAAAUAUGAGGAUCAUGACUUCGGCGGCGAAUUCUGGGAUAUGUUCUUUGUGUCUGUAAAAGUUUUAAUCGACUGUUUCAAGCAAGAAGGAUCUAGUAGUGAGAAGCCAAGUUCACUUUUCUCUUGUUUUCUUGCAAUGAGCGGAAGUCAGACACUUGUUUCGCUCUUGCAUAGAGAAGAGAGUCUCGUUCCUUCUAUAUUUUCAGUUCUCACUGUGAAGACAGCGUCAAGUGCAAUUAUAUCUUCAGUUCUCAGCUUCAUUGAGAAUCUCUUGAAUCUGGACAACGAGUUAAGUAACCAUGGAGAUCUUGCAGUAAAAACAACUUUACUGCCUAAUCUUAACACGCUUAUCCACAGUUUACACAAUCUAUUUUAUUGCAAGCAAAGGAAUUCUAUCAAAAGCGCUGGGAAAGCGGAGCUUAGAAUUUUCAAAUUGUUAUCAGCAUAUAUCGUCGAACCAUUGGUGGCAAAACAAUUUGUCGAGAUUUUGCUGCCAUUCUUGGGAAAUAAUCCUAAACACUCUGAUGAAUGCUUAGAAGUCUUGAAAGUCAUUAAAGGGGUCUUACCCAAAUUGGGAGGUAAAAUUACUGACAAAAUAUUGAAAGCUGUUGCGCCACUACUUUUAUCUGCCGGAGUGGAUGUAAGAUUGUCCAUUUGUGAUAUUUUGAAUGGUUUGGCACUACAGGAUCCAUCUGUAGUCUUCCUGGCAAAAUUUGUCCAUGAUUUGAAUGCAAUGUCUAUGUCUGAAAUGGACGAGCUUGAUUAUGACACGCGAAUUAAUGCUUAUGAAAGUGUUAACUCAGGGUUCUUCUAUAGAUUAAGGAAAGACCAUGCAUUAGUUGUCCUGUCACACGCUGUGCAUGAUUUGUCAUCUGAAGAAUUGAUUAUUAGGCAAAGUGCAUCCAGGCUUUUGUUGUCGUUUAUACAGUUCUCCGCUAAAGUUUUGGGUUCUGAUCCAAUGGAUUGUGAAGAAAUGAUUGAACCCAUGGUAGCGUCCGAGACUUGGACUAAAAAAUGUGUUGAACCCAUUAUUAAGAACUUCAUUCUUAAGCAUAUGGGAGAAGCAAUGAGCAGGGAAAUUUCCAUUCAAAGGGAAUGGAUAGCGUUGCUACGAGAAAUGGCAUUGCAACUUACUGAGCUUCCGUCCCUAAAGUCAAUUGGAAAUCUAGCUAGUGUUGAUGACGCAGAAAAGGACUUCUUCAACAACAUCCUUCACUUGCAGAAACACCGGAGAGCGAAGGCGUUGUCACGCUUUAGGAAAGCUAUUGUUGCUGGAAACUUCUCAGAGGAUAUUACAAAAAAAAUAUUUGUUCCCCUCUUCUUCAAGAUGAUGUAUGAUGUACAGCCUGGGAAAGGAGAACAUAUCAGAGAUGCAUGUGUGGACUCGCUUGCUGCAAUAUCUGGGCACAUGAAAUGGGAGUCAUACCUUUCGUUCUUACUUGGAUGUUUUCGAGAGAUGACCUUAAAACUGGACAAGCACAAGAUCUUACUACGGCUAAUAUGUUCCGUCCUGGAUCAUUUUCACUUUUCAGGAAUUUUGAUUCAAGAUCCGAAAGAUAAUGUCCCUGAAAUUUCACCUGCCAUCAUUGGAUUGAAUGUUGAUGCUACAACACGGUCUUGCACUACAACUGGUGUCCCCAAGGAGAUACAAGUCUGCCUCCAGAAGAAAGUACUCCCGAAGAUUCAAAAAUUACUGUUAGACGCUGAGGGAGUUGAUGUUACCAUAAAUGUUGCUGCUUUGAAAUUACUCAAGUUGCUCCCACUAGACACCAUGGAAUCACAACUUCCAAGCAUCAUUCACCGCAUUUCCAACUUCUUAAAGAAUCGGAUGGAGAGUAUACGAGAUGAAGCUAGGUUGGCUUUGGCUGCAUGUUCCAAGGAGUUAGGGAUUGAAUACUUGCAAUUCUUGGUUAAAGUUAUGCGAAGCGUCUUGAAACGAGGGUACGAGAUGCAUGUGUUGGGAUACACUCUCAAUUUCAUACUGUGUAAGGCUGUUGCAAAUUCUGUUGUUGGGAAGCUGGAUUACUGUUUGGAGGAGCUUCUAUCAGUAGUCGAGAAUGAUAUUCUUGGUGAAGUUGCUGAGGAAAAAGAUGUAGAAAAGAUUGCAUCUAAAAUGAAAGAAACCAGGAAAAGAAAAUCGUUUGAAACUUUAGAACUCAUAGCACGAAACGUUACGUUUAACGGAUCCAAUGCAAUGAAGUUGCUUUCUCCUGUCAAAGCUCAUCUACAGAAGUAUCUCACACCAAGAAAGAAAGUAAAACUAGAAACAAUGUUGAAGCAGAUAGCUACUGGUAUAGAAUGUAACACAUCUGUCAGUCAGAAAGAUCUGUUCACCUUUGUUUAUGGACUCAUCAAGGAUGGGAUGACAGAAGAAGCUCCAAACGGUAAAGAUCUGUUACUAACGAAACCCAGUAAGAUUUCGAGCAAAGCAUCAUCCAACAAAAAGGAUGCUUCCUCUCAUCUUAUUAGCUACGGAUCACAAAGUUCUCAUGUUAUUACGGGGUUUGCUCUUGGGUUACUGCACAACCGCCUGAAGAAAAUGAAGUUGGGUGUCAAAGACGUGCAACUAUUAUCCAUGUUAGAUCCUUUUGUGGAGCUAUUAGGUAACUGCCUUGGGUCCAAGUACGAAGCAGUAUUAUCUUCAGCUCUUAGAUGCCUUACUCCAUUGGUGAGGUUGCCUUUGCUAACACUAGAAUCUCAGGCUGAUAAAAUCAAGUCUUUACUAUUGGAUAUUGCGCAAAAGUCAGGAACUAGUAACAGCCCUCUUAUGGAAUCCUGUCUAAGCUUGCUAACAGUACUUCUCCGAAGCACUAGAAUCACCUUAUCCGAUGAUCAAUUGCACUUGCUUAUCCAGUUUCCCCUUUUUAUCGAUCUUGAAAAGAAUCCUUCCUUUACCGCCCUUUCACUUCUGAAAGCCAUUGUUAGCCGAACUCUGGUUGUCCAUGAAAUCUAUGAUAUUGCAACACGAGUUUCAAAUCUGAUGGUAACAAGUCAAAGUGAUCCUAUUCGUAAGAAGUGUAGCCAGAUUCUCAUGCAAUUCUUGCUUAACUAUCGUCUUUCCACCAAACGUUUGCAACAACACAUGAACUUCUUGCUUGAAAAUCUGAGUUACGAGCAUGCGAGUGGUAGAGAAGCUGUGCUUGAAAUGUUACAUGCCAUAAUCACCAAAUUCCCGAAAAGUAUUUUGGACGCAGAGUCAUAUGCUUUUUUUGUAAAGCUGGUGGCAUGUCUUGCUAACGAUACAGAUAGUAAAGUUCGGUCCAUGAUCGGUACUGUGCUAAAGCGUUUGAUUGAAUGUACCAGCCCAAAAUCACUUGUUCCCAUUUUGGAAUCCAGUGUCUCGUGGUAUGUGAGUGACAACCAGAUGUUGUGGAGCGUUGCAGCACAGACCCUAGGGUUACUAGUUGAAGUCCUGAAGAAACGGUUCCAGAGUCAUGUCAAAAUCGUCUUGCCAGUGCUCAAGAAAAUAAUGAAGUAUGCCCUUGACGGCAUCACAACACAGCCAGAUGCUACUAAUGAAGAAUCUAGGACUCCGUACUGGAAACAGACUUACUACUCGAUGAUUAUGUUGGAGAAGAUUCUAUGCGAAUUCCGAGAACUGUACUGGGAAAAGGAUUUUGAGGAAAUUUGGGAAGCAAUUUGUGAGCUCCUAUUAUAUCCCCACAUGUGGAUACGCAACGUAUCAAAUCGUCUCAUAGCGUCAUAUUUUGCAUCAGUGUCUGAGAGGGAGAAAUCCCAGAAGUUGGAAGUAGGAAGUUUGUUAAUCAUGAAGCCGAGUAGACUUUUUGCAGUAGCGGUUUCACUCUGUUGCCAGCUUAAAGCACCACUUAUAGAUGAUAAAGAGGCCAAAGUUCUCACUCAAAUUCUUGUGUUUGCUAUAUCUGGCGUGCACAAGUUGGCUGGUCAAAGUGAAUCCUUGCAUUUGCAGGAAUUCUGGUCUACCCUAGAACUGAAUGAGCAAAGCCAUUUUCUCAAGGCUUUCCACCUGCUUGGAUCAAGAAAGGGGAGGAUGUUACUUGGGCUUCUUACAUCCGAUGUGGUGGAUUCAGUUGAUCAAGUUGAUGAUGCCACAGGUUCAGUAGACCGAGCUGAUGUUGCGACGGAUGCAGUGGAACAAGCUGAUGCUGCCAUGAACCCAGUUGAACAAGUUGAUGGAAACCGUCUCCAGUCAAUGCUCGUUUCACCGCUGCUUAAGAAAAUCGGAAAAGUCGCUCUUCAAAUGAAUGAUAUGCAGAUGAAGAUUGUCUUCAACAGCUUUAGUAUGAUCUCAAUAGAAAUUGGAAAAAAAGGUUGCCAACAACAUGCCUAUGACAUGCUGCUACCGUUGUAUAAAGUCUCAGAAGGAUUUGCUGGGAGAGUCAUCACGGAUGAUUUGAAGCAAAUGGCGGCAGACAAUCUUAAAAAAAUUAAAGACAUAAUAGGUGAUGACAGUUUUGUGCGAGUGUGCAAUGAGAUAAGGAAGAACCUCAAGGCGAAGAGGGACAAGAGGAAGAAUAUAGAAAGGGUUAUGGCUGUUGUAAAUCCAAUGCGAAAAGCAAAAAGAAAGUUGAGAGUUAAUGCUAAACAUCGUGCAUACAAAAAGAGGAAGAUAAUGACAAUGAAGAUGGGGAGAUCUGGUUAUUAGAUUCAACUUAUAAGCCCCAGCUUUGAGAGGAACUGUGUACAGAGCUUGCCUUGUUCAUUUCGUUUUCUCUAACAUGUUUAUUCUUACUACAUCAGGGCAAUUAGGGUUUUUUCAAUGUUGGCUGUUUUGGGGUUUAUGGAUGAGCCGAACAUGUCUGUUGUACACAUAUCAAUGCUGCAUAUAUGUUGUGUUUUUGGUUCUGUAAGUUUAUUCUGUCAAAAUUUCUUCUGCGAGUAAUUUUUUGCACCCUA